UUAGUAUUGGUCAAAGUUCAAGGAGUAAAAAUACUAAUUUUAAACGGUAAAAGUAAUAGAACCUAAUAAAAAGGGCAUGAUUAUGUAACUGUUAUAUUUUAAGAGGAAUUUUUAGCAAGUCGUAUAUUUUAGAUGGCAGAAUCAAGUAGUGUUGAAAGUUCAGGGAUUAAAAAUUAAUACUAAUUAUUUUUAAUUUUUAUUCAUUUCUAUUGUUGUGUAACCCUUAAAUAUACCAGGCAUGUUUGACAUUGUAUUUUAAGUUUUGAAAAUACAACUCGCGUUUGAUUGGUGUUUUUUAGAAAUGGUUUUUAUUUUAAUUUUUUUUUAUUUAUUUUCUAAAAAAAUACUUGAAUACUUUGAGACCCCAAUAUGAAUAAGACUCAUGAUUCAAACCUGGUGACUUUUUGACCUAAACCAUAGACCGAAACCUAAAUGUCAGCCUCAGACCCUACCUAAACUGGUAACUUUGACCCUGACCCAAAACUCGACUCGUACCCCAGACAAAAACCCAGAUGUUGGCCCCAGGGCCCGGGGCCAGCCCAGACUGACCCGGAACCAAACCUAGACUCAAUCCUAAGCCUCAACCCGAACCAGGUGUCGGAAGAUGACCUAGACCCGACCCUCGAACUCAAACCCUGACCCAAAUCCAAACUCAUGUACAGGACUCGAACCCCAAUAUCGGACCCAGACCCAUUUCCCGAACACGGACAUAGACUCAAACCCAGGCUUUGAACCUCGAUCCGGACCCUAGCCUCAACCCUGACCUGGACUCGAAUUCAGACUUGGACCACGAAUCUAAACUUGACCUCAGACCCAGACCACUAGACCCAGACCUCAGCCACAAACCUAGCCAAUGCCCAAACUCAAACCUCAGGCUCAGCCUCGACUUGGACCCAUUCACGAACUCGAACCUAGACAUGGAACCCCAAACCUAAACUUGACCUCAGAACUGAACCCAAACCCCAACCUCAUCCCCGACUCGAACCAAGACAAUGACCUAGAACUCCAAACCCGGCCUCAGCCUCGACUCGAACCUGAACUGUAAGCUGCCCACUAAAAGUGCAGCCAUAAAAAGGUAUGGUCACGAGUCUUAUUAAGCUGCCCACAUAUCAAACAACUACCAUUAAUAUUUAAACCAAAUUUGAUCAAUCUAUCUUUGAUCUAAAGCCUCUUUUUCAGAGUAAUCAAACAAUAAAUUUAUACUUGGAACACUAUUCGAUCCCCAAAUAGGACUAGUGUAAUGCCACCUGCCAUCAUCAAAUUCUUCAACAAAUUUGUACAAUCCAACAAUACUAUAGUUUUACAUUGCAAGUCUACUGCAACAAACACAUUCAUGAGCUCAUCUUAAUUUGGUGUGGAAAAUUUUAUUCCAGUACUAGGGUGGAAGGUUUGUAGCUCCACUAAUUCUUUCCUUUCAAGUAAACAUUGUGAAUCGAUCUAUUUGACUCACAAGUUAUCUUUCUUUUUUUCUAUUGCCCAAAAAAACUUGCCCAUAGCACAUUUGUUCCAAAAAUCAACAUCUCUAAAUCCAUGACCCACAUGUUUUUUAGUCUUACAAGUUUUAGUCCAAGCAACUUGGAUAGGCCCCUUAUAAUCAACUUUACCCUUCUAUAAGAAAGCUCGGUAAAAUUGAUUGAUUCUCUUAAUAACUAUCUUUAGUAAUAUCACUAUUUGGGACCAAGGUAUUUAAAGAAAGUAGAACAGAGUUUAUUAGAACACACCUUCUAGCAAAUGAUAAGUUUCUGGAGUUCUGAAGACGAAGUCUCUGCAUCAACUUAUCUACCAAGCAUUGACAAUCAACUUUUGUUACACACAUGUUGCUAAUUUUAUCCCCAAAUAGUUAAAAAGUAGAGAUCCUCUCAUAAAACUAGUCAUUCCAGCCAAUCUUUUCCAAACCUCAUCCUUAAAGGAAGGACCAUAAAUGGUAGACUUACCUUUGUUCGCUAGUGAGCCCAAAUCUUUCUAAGAAAAAAUAAAAGGGAAAUUUGACAUUCCAUGCUAAAAAAGGGAACAUGGUGUUUAAUUGUACCUAAUUAUAACACAUAGCAAAAAUAUACCAAUCUUUCACUUUUCUUCCAAAAAUACCCUUCUCAAUUCAAACUUCCCACAUUCCCUCUACCUACAUUCUCUCUCUUCUUUCCCUCUCCCAAACACACGACAACCCACACCCAGACCAACGGACGGACGCACGAACCCAGACCACGAAACCCACAAACCCCAAUCGCAGAUGACCACCAGACGACGACGAACCCACGACGACGACGAACCCACGAACCCACAGCCACCAGACGACCAGACCACGAACUGAACCCCUGAAACCACGACAACCUAGACGAACCCACUCCAAUCGACCCCAUCGACGAACGCCCGAGCGAACAAGGAGACCCAGUCGAAUCCCACGAACCCCAAUUACAGCAAUCCAGGUAAGUUUUUGUGGAAUUUUUCUUGAAUUUAUCCUUUAAAAUGCAUACAUUUGUGGUUGAAUCUGGUAGUGAAUUGAAAGUUUUUAUUUUGUAUGUUUUUUGAGGAUUAAUUGUGCAAUAAAACUGUGGGAUGAAUAUGGGUUUCGAACAAUAGCUUUUUCUGGGUUUUUAGGUUAUUGUGCGAUUUUAUGUGAUUCUAUGUGCGAUUUUGUGCGACGUAGCUGGAGUCUGUACUGGUCUUUAUUGUGCGACAUUGUGCGAUUUAUAUGCAAUUUUGUGCGAUUUUUACAUAGAUUAUUACUUUUUGGUAUGUUUAGCGACUUUAGGCGACAUUAUGCGCAUGUGUGUGCGAUGUAUGACAUAUUGGGUAGGCUGUGCGAUUUUAACAAUAUUAUGCGAUUAAGGUGCAAUUUUUGUGCGAUUGUAACUGACAGGAUCUUAUUUUUUUGGUUGUUUUGUUCUGUAUUUUUUAGCGAUAUUGUGCGAUUUAUGUGCGAUUUUCUGUGAUUUUAUGUCACAGUGGUAAAAUUUAUGCAAUUUUUAGGCGAUAUUUGUGCGAUUAUUAUGCGAUAAAGUCUAAUUAAUCUUUGUAAAUGCAAAUGGCUCCUGAACUUAUUCUCCCAUUGUCAGAGCACUUUCCAGGGCGUAUAACAUACAGAGGGAACGAAUACUUUGCUUCAAUAAAGGCUAAAUUUGAAGCUUUUAACUUGACUCAGAAGGUGAAGGAGACGCCCUUUGGUGUUUUUUGGAAUGCCAGUGAAUUAAAAUUCAGUGGGGUUAUUGUGCAUCAACUAUUACUAAAGAAGAAAGUGAGUGAAGCCAAAAACGAUGAAGUGUGGUUUUACAUGGGUAAAACCGACCGAAGCUAGAUUUGGGUGGUCUGAGUUCAGUUUGAUCACGGACUUGAAGAUGAGCGGUGGUCCUUCGUCAGAAGAAUUUACUGCACAAUGUGAUUCUGAUCGAAUUUUGCGAGACUAUCUCAACAACUCAAAAAGGGUGACCUUUAAAAUCCUUUGGCUAGCGUUUGAGGCAUGCGAUGUGGCUGACGAUGUAUACAAGUUGGGGUUGUGUGCAUUUCUCGAAGGUGUUCUGCUGUCGCGGGCUGAGGGUGUGUAUAUCUGGACAGAUAUGCUAAAGUUGGUAGAAAAUGAAGACAAGUUCUUCGAGUAUCCUUGUGGUCUUCUUUCUUAUCAGAAGUUGUUGUCUUCCACAACUAAGAAUAUGCAACAACUUAAGGCAAAACUACAUGGAUAAGAACGAUAAGACCAAGAAGAAACACAAGAAGGAGAAAAAGGUUACUCAACCUGAAGCGAAGUACAACGUGUACGGAUAUGCUCCUGCGCUGCAAUAUUGGGCAUUUGAGGCCAUGCAAGUUUUGGGGAAGAAGUAUGGCCAGUGCAAAGGGACUCGAUUCCCUCGAAUGUUGAACUGGAGCACUCCCAACACAGUCACGAAACACGAUGUGAAGCAAGCUGAUGUGGCUGCACUGUUUGAGAAAAGGGUAUGUGAAUCUUUCUCUAUUUUAGCGCAAUUAUUUUUUACUUUAAGUGUAAUCUGUGUUAUAUGCGAUAUUUGAUGCGACAUUGUGCGAUAUUUGUGCGAUUUACUUUACAGGGCAUUAUAAAUGUUCAGUGUUUAAUAUGUUUUUUUGGCGACUUUAUGCGAUCAUUGAGCGAUUUUGUGCGAUUUUGCUUGCACUCUCUUUAUAAAUUUUCACUUGUAUUGUUUUAUUUGUUUUGCGACUUUAUGCGAUUCUUGUGCGAUUGUUGUGCGAUUUUGUUGGAAGUCUCAUUAUUUUUCACUUGUAUUGUUUUAUAUUUUUUGGCGACUGUAUGCGAUUACUGUGCGAUUUUGUGCGAUUUGCGAUGACAGUAGCUUAUAUACUUUUCUAUGUUUAUGUAAUAGAUUUUUGGCGAUAUAGUGCGAUUAUUGUGCGAUUUGUCUGCGAUUCGUUUUAUUAUUAUGCGAUUAAUUUGAGAUUUUUGUGCGACAUAUUUGCGAUUUGACGUGAUAUUAACUUUUUGCAGAUGGUUGUUCUUCAAAUUUUAUAUCCUCGGAAUUGGGAGGUUGAUUAUUGGAAGACCAAUUGUGAGGGUGAGAUCCCCACAGUGGAAAUGGGCUUAGAUGAAGUCGAAGAAACACAAGCUGGGGAGCAAGAUUCCACUGCAUUCGAGACCCGAGCAAGACGGGUGGCGGAGUAUGUGGAAAGUGCAAAAAUUAUUCCACCAUCCUCACCCAAAACUGCACCAGACCCCUCCACAUCUACAACUGUGCCCCCAACCCUUGCCUUUGUACCGCCAACCGCUGCUGCAGCCAAUGAGUUUGAGUACCUCUUGUUGGCUAAGAGAUUGGACAAGGUAGAAGCGCAACAACUUGCAAUUCUCACUUCCCAAACUAAGAUGAAGGCUGACUUCAAGAGAAGUCACAAAGAGAUGAAGAAUCUUAUCAUGGAUCAAAUUGCUACCGUGAUAAGUUUGUUACAGAAGCAGCCUUCUGAGCCGACACAACCAUCAGCGCCGGCACAUGAAUCAUCACCAACACAUCCAUCAAACAUGGCAGAGCCAUUACAGACGGUACAUCCAUCACCGCCGACAUAUGAUGAUGAUGAUGAUGUCUACCCAGAAGAUUGGCAACCUGGUGUAUGUGACGUUCCUUCUACUCCUGCAAACGCCAUUGUGAUUUCCCUGGGUGAUACAGAAUCUCAGGAUGUGGAAGAGUUGCAGGGGCCACCAGCUGGGGUGGACUUCUGCAGGGUUAGGUGAAAGCGGAAGCCGGUUUUCUUGAAUGACUACACAGCUGGGAAGAAGAAACAACGACAUGGGCCCGUGGUAGUAGACACACUGAAACCGGCGGACUCCCGGCUGUUAAAAUUUUUCCAGAAGUGGAUCACUUAUGCUAGGGACAACGGCCGUCCUAGGGAUGUUCACACUGGCGAAGCCACUAGAUCCUGGUUCGUGUAAUUGAUGGUGCUGAACGAAUGGCUCGACGAUGCUAAGACGGACCCUGUACCCAGAAGUCUACACUCGAAAAGGUGUAGUUUUGGACACAUCUGCUCCACAGAUAUUUGCCAUGUAUUGGAAUUACUAUGAGGGUGACAAGAGCAAGAUGAAAUGGGAUGAGGGCGUUAUGAAUUACGUGCAGGGGAUACCGCACAGAUACUUGCCAUGUUAGGAGAACCAAGAUUACAUAUACUUUGUGUUGCACUUUCCCAAAGAGCGCCACUGGGUGGCAGUUGAGGUGGAUAUUGACAACUGGGAGAUCAUUGUAUAUGAUUCUUAUAUCGGUGGCACCGCUGAGGAAGCCAUGGAGUCAUAUUUGAAGCCUUACAGCGAGCUAUUUGCGAAUCUAAUUCGAGCUAGCGGUUAUUUCCCAUACAGCAAUUAUGUACAUCCGAUGGAGUUGGGCGAUCUCAGUCAGCUCCUACCCCUACAUUAUAGAUGAGUUACCUCUGAGAUUGCACCACAAACGAAGAGCAGGUGAAUCGCUUUUUUUUUUGUAUAUUUUGAGUAAUUUAUUUAAUUUUGUACUCCAUUAUGAAUUAAUUAACUUAAUUGUUGCUAAUAUUUAGUAAAUUUUUUUAUUUUUAGUGGCAAUUGUGGAGUGUAUGCCAUGGAGCACAUUGAGCACUUGAUGCUGGACCGGUCGUUGGAGCAUGUUAAUGAUGGUAACAUGCUCACCUUUAGACAUAGGUGGUGUGUGGACUUAUUUUACCAGAACUUAACAUGGUAGUUUUUUGUAGGUUUUUGUAAUGUUAUUCUUAUACACAUAAACUCCCCUUUUGUAAUUGUAUUAUAAUCUCACCAAAAUUAUAUAUAACAAGUAAAUUUAAAGCUAUUUAAAUUGUUGCUUGUA